AUGCAACACGCUGCAGCAAACUGCACGUCUGCUGCAACACCUGACAACACGUCUGCGUGCAACAACACGUCUGCAGCAACACGCCUGCCUGCAACAGCACGUCUGCUGCACAGCAAGAUUGCUGCAAAACACGCCUGCCUGCAAUACACUGUCUGCUGCCAAAAACCCGGUCUGCUGCAACAACACGUCUGCUGCAACAACCACAUCUGGCUGCACCAACACGCCACUGCCCUGCAACAACACGUCUGCAACAAACACAACACGUCUGUAACACACGUCUGUAACCACAGUACUGCUGCGACACAGCCUGCCGCUGCAACCAACGCGCCUGCUGCAACACCGGCCUGCAUCAACCAAAACGCCUGCUGCAGAACACGUCUGCCUGCAAACAACACAACUGUCUGCAACCACACGCUGCUGCAACAACACGUCUGCAACAACACGUCUGUAACACCACGUCUGCUGCGACCCACACGCCUGCUGCAACAACACGCUGGCUGCAACAAACGCCUGCUGCCGCACAACACGUCUGCUGCAAAACAAACACGGCUUGCCUGCAACAACACGACAACACAAACACGUCUGUCACAACUCCUCAGUAAACCACACGUCUGCUGCGACAACCCGCUGCUGAACAACACGCCUGGCUGCGACAAAACGCCUGCUGCAACAACAGUCGUGCUGCCAACAACCACGCCUGCUGCACACACGUCUGCAAACAUCACGUCUUGUGCCAAACAAACACGUCUGCAACAAACGUUCUGCUGCGACAAAUACGUCUGCAGUAACAACACGCUUGCUUGCAACACCACCGUCCUGCCACAACCAUUCUGCUGCAACACCACGUCUGCUGCUAACAACCACGACUGCAUGCACAACACGUUCUGCCUGGCGAGCAACACCGGCCUGCUGCGACACCACCCGCCUCUGCAACCCCGCGGCUGCCGCAACAACAUCAAUGUCUGCCUCAGCCUCAAACCCACUGCUCAAACAACACAUCUGCUGCAACAACCCGCUGCUGCAACAACACGUCUGCACAACAACAUGUCAGCAACACACACGUCUGUAACCAACACCUGUCUGCUGCCGACCAAACGCCUGCUGCAACACACCUGCCUGCUGCUACAACACGCUGCAUGCAACAACACGCCAGCUUUGCAAACAACACCGCCUGCUCGCGGACACACCGUCUGCUUCCACAACACGCCUGCUGCAACAACACGUCUGCAAACAACACGUCUGUAA